AUGACAGCAACCCGAAAAACUCUCCAGAGGUAUCUUAACAGGUUUAAAGAUGCUGCCUUGCAGGUGCCGGGUUUACAAGAGAAUGUCCACGUCCACCUCAUUGUGGUUGGCCUGGAUGGAUCAUCUAGACUAGCCAAGUCGGUCUACAAAGACCCUGUGAGGACGUUGGAGGAGUUCAGAACUCGUUCCAAGAAAUACUUGGAACUCGAACGAAUGGAGAUAGCAAAUGCGCUAUCAGAGCAAGGUAAAAGAGCAAGCCCAAGAAGAAGGAGUCUGGCCCCAAGAGAAAAGGAACGACCUGGUAAUAAAAAGAAAGAUUCCAGAAGCAGGAUCCUGGAUGAUAGAGACCGGGUUGGAAUAUAUGAGAAGUAUACACCGUUGAAUGCCUCACGCUCUCAAAUUUGGAGGGAAGUGGCAAUGACGGAGAUGAAGAAAGGUGCCAAAAACAACAAAAGAAAGUCUGGAAAUCGGAAGAAGAGCAAGAGUCUGGUCCAUGAGAAGAAAAAGAAAGAGGAAAGGAACCAGAAAGAUUAUUCCAAUAACGAUGAAUUCCCGGAAGCCGAAUUCGAUUGUAAUAUGAUCAAUGGAGCUCUGGGAGGAGGAGGAGACAUUGUAAGUGCUAGGCGAAAGUACCUAAAAGAAGUGUUAUCGAUCCGGGAUCAUCCUAAAUUUAAGGAGGACCCCAGUAAACCAGGCCCUCCUCUGCUCUGUUUCACAAAGGAAUAUAUGCAAGGUGUUUUGCCAGGGCAUUUAGAUGGGUUGGUCGUCAUCGGAACCCUGGUGAAUUACCGGGUUAAAAAGAUCUUCAUAGAUGUUGGAAGCAGUGCCGACAUUAUACUAUGGGGUGCCUUCAAAAAGAUGAACCUUGAUAAGGACGACCUCAAAUCUUGCAAGACAACCUUGAUAGCUUUUAAUGGAGAAAACACACCUCCUAAAGGCUAUAUUGAUCUUAGGUUGACCCUGGGAACGAAGGAAGCUUUCAAAUCAGAACGAGUGAGAUUCAUAGUCGCUGACUUUCCGUCAGAAAGCAAUAUCAUUCUAGGGAGACCAACCAUACACAAAUGGGACAUGCUGGUAUCCACAAAGCAUCAAAAGAUAAAGAUGGUAAGCAGCAAGAAUGAAAUCAUUACCAUCAGUGGCGAUAAAAAAGAAUCCAGAAAAUGCUACUUUGAAACAGUCAAAAGGAAUGAAGGUGGACAUUUGAGUCCACCCCAGAUACGUCUAGGGGAUAAAGCCGGCAAGAAGGAAAUUCCUCAUCAUUCAGGAAAACUCGUCAAUGUGGUUGAGCUGGAUAUGAGAAAAGAAGCAAUCCCCAUGCCAGAAUCAUAUGGGGAAUUGGAAGACCUUGUUUUGGGAAAAGAACCUGGUCAAUUUACCCGUAUUGGUAAGAUCAUAGAUCCCCACAUCAAGGAAGAAUUAGCCGGGUUUCUCAAAUGCAACACGGAUGUCUUUGCGUGGAAGUCAUCCGAGAUUCCCGGCAUAGAUCCAACCUUUUGCUGCCACAAGUUGGCGGUUUACCCUGGAUCAACACCAGUUUCGCAGAAGAAAAGGAAGUUGGGGCCAGAAAGAAAAUAA